AUGGCGGAAGUCGAGAACGGCUCCUCCCAGGAGCCCAAUCAACCAUCUAUGGUAGUGUCGCAGGGAGACAACAAGGACAAUAUUGUCGAUGUUUCGACACAUUCGGAUCCCCCAGUUACUGCUGACAAAGACAAACCGUCUUUACCGCUUGAAUCGGAACGGCUGAAAAUCGACAUCGACCAAGUGGCAGACUCCAUACCACCAGAGAUUAGGAUAGAGUCCUCGGAAGACACAGAAACUCCGCCGCGACCCUCGAGCCCUCCGAACGACGCCGCCGAGACCCAGGAUACCGAGAACUCCAGCGCAUCUCAACUAGAUCUGAGACCAGAUGUUGCCGACGAUUCGGAAAAUGUUCAAGCAGAGACACUCGAGCGGAAUGCGCCUGUUGAUAAGCCUGAUGGCGGCUUCCCUGCCCAGUAUGAGCUUACGCCGGACGCGCGUCAACGCUCCGACUCAAGAUCAACAACUGCAACAUAUGCGACUCAUCGUUCUGUGCCUGUCAGUUCCGCAGUGUUUAUUGUCACAGCCCUUGACACAAUCGGAUCGUCCAAGGAAGCCAAAAAGAGCAAAGAGCUGGAAGAUGCCGUGAAGAGUGCGCUGGCCAACGUCAAACAAUCUGAUCGACAAUCCAUAGACCCAGAAGCUAUAUUUCGUCCUCUUCAGCUCGCCUCAAAGACCAUGAGCAUCCCGCUGCAAGUCACGGCUCUUGAUUGCAUUGGAAAGCUCAUCACAUACUCUUACUUCGCCUUUCCAUCGUCUCAGGAGCGCAGGGAAUCGGAAGCGGAACCCACCGCGGAUCAACCGCCCCUCAUUGAACGAGCGAUUGAUGCCAUCUGUGAUUGUUUUGAAAAUGAAGCCACCCCUAUUGAGAUACAGCAACAGAUCAUCAAGUCGCUCCUUGCGGCGGUCUUGAACGAUAAAAUCGUGGUUCAUGGAGCUGGUCUCCUUAAAGCCGUUCGACAGAUAUACAACAUCUUCAUCUACUCCAAGUCUAGCCAAAACCAACAGAUAGCUCAAGGGUCCUUAACGCAAAUGGUGAGCACGGUAUUGGACAGAGUCCGAGUGAGGCUUGAGCUCAAAGAAUUGCGCAUGCGGGAAGCGGAAAGAGGGCAGGACAAUACUCCUGAUGCUCUUGAGACCCCGGAGAUGUCUCAGCCCACCGAUCAGGAUCAGGCAUCCGAUGCAGCCUCGGUCGCAGCCUCGGUCGUGAUACCUGAUCAACCCGUCAUAAAAGAGCCAGGAGAGAAGCUUACCCUGCAAAGUUUUGAAUCGAGCAAGGAUGUCACUUCGGUCGCUGACAAUGCUCCAACUAUGGUGACUCGUGCCAAGCUCGGCCAAAAGAGGGCACAUUCGUUGUCUAGCGUGUCCAUGGAAGAUAGGGAAGAUGGCGACGCGACUACCGACGAUGACGAGGAUGAGAUCUAUAUUAAAGACGCUUUUCUGGUUCUCAGGGCCCUGUGCAAAUUGAGCCACAAGAUCCUCAGCCAUGAGCAGCAGCAGGAUCUGAAAUCUCAAAAUAUGAGAUCCAAAUUAUUAUCCUUACACCUGAUUCAUUAUCUCAUCAACAACCAUGUCGCUGUUUUUACUUCUCCACUCCUGACAAUCAGGAACAGCUCGAACAGCUCGGACGCCAUGACAUUCUUACAAGCUGUUCGCCCUCACCUCUGCCUAAGCCUUAGUCGCAACGGCUCGAGCUCCGUUCCUAGAGUUUUCGAGGUUUGUUGUGAACUUUUCUGGCUUAUGUUGAAACACAUGCGGGUAAUGAUGAAGAAAGAGCUUGAGGUCUUCCUAAAAGAGAUCUAUCUGGCCAUACUUGAAAAAAGGAACUCGCCUGCUUUCCAAAAGCAGUACUUCAUGGAGAUUUUAGAGAGGCUUGCAGAUGACCCGCGUGCCCUUGUGGAGAUAUAUCUCAAUUAUGACUGUGAUCGGACGGCCUUGGAGAACAUAUUCCAGAACGUCAUCGAACAACUAUCCAGAUACUCCAGCAUUCCCGUAACAAUAUCCACAAUGCAACAACAGCAUUAUCAGGAGCAUCAUGUCAAGAUUUCGAGAGUUGGCGCGGAUUGGCAUCAAAGUGGGACCCUGCCUCCUACACUCACAACGGCACAUAUAGCCAGCACUCAGCAGGCAGCCGCUCAGAGUGUGCCUUCGGAUUUUGUUCUAAAGAAUCAGGCGCUGGAAUGCUUGGUCGAGAUUCUGCGAUCCCUAGAUAACUGGGCGUCGCAGCGUAUUGUCGAUCCGACCCCAGCAGUUGCGACAGCUCUUUCGCAAAAAUCGAUUGACAAUUCCAGAGACUCGCUAGAUACCAAUGCUCCUACGUUUGUGUCAUCACCAAAGAUUGAAGGUGUUGAUGGUAGCACUGGUCAAUCAACACCCGUGGCAGAGGAUGACCCAAGCCAAAUUGAGAGGAUCAAGCAGAGGAAGACUGCACUUAUGAACGCCAUCCAGCAAUUUAACUUUAAACCCAAGAGGGGUAUCAAGCUUUUCAUUCAAGAGGGCUUUGUACGCUCUGACUCUCCCGAGGAUCUUGGAAGCUUCAUCUUUCGCAAUGAUCGGUUAGACAAGGCCAUGAUCGGAGAAUACCUUGGCGAGGGCGACGCGGAAAACAUCGCCAUCAUGCAUGCCUUUGUCGAUCAAAUGGAGUUCUCGAAGCGGCGCUUUGUCGAUGCACUUCGUCAAUUUCUGCAACACUUCCGAUUGCCAGGAGAAGCCCAAAAAAUCGAUCGUUUCAUGCUUAAGUUUGCUGAGCGCUACGUGACCCAGAAUCCAAAUGCUUUUGCGAAUGCAGACACAGCAUAUGUUCUAGCAUACUCCGUGAUCAUGCUUAAUACAGAUCAACACAGCGCUAAGAUUAAGGGCCGUCGCAUGACCAAAGAGGACUUCAUCAAGAACAAUCGAGGGAUCAAUGACAACCAAGAUCUGCCUGAUGAGUAUCUUGGUUCUAUUUUUGAUGAGAUUGCGAACAAUGAAAUCGUACUCGACACCGAACGAGAGCAUGCCGCAAAUAUUGGUAUUCCUACAUCAACAACGGGUGGCCUAGCUUCAAGGGCUGGACAAGUAUUUGCGACAGUGGGAAGAGACAUUCAGGGUGAAAAAUACGCACAAGCAUCUGAAGAAAUGGCCAAUAAGACGGAGCAGCUGUACCGGAGUUUGAUAAGAGCACAGCGCAAGACCGCCGUCAGGGAAGCUCUCUCACGCUUCAUCCCCGCGACGUCAGUCCGACACGUUGGUUCCAUGUUCAAUGUCACAUGGAUGUCUUUCCUUUCCGGCUUAUCUGCUCCCAUGCAAGACACACAAAAUCUGGAGAUUAUUAGGCUGUGUAUGGAAGGAAUGAAAUUGGCGAUACGUAUCAGCUGUGCCUUUGAUCUCGAGACUCCUCGAGUUGCAUUCGUGACCGGCCUCGCCAAAUUCACAAACCUGGGCAAUGUCAGGGAAAUGGUGCCCAAGAACGUCGAGGCUCUGAAAGUGUUGUUGGACGUGGCUCUUAACGAAGGGAACAACCUGAAGAGUUCGUGGAGAGAGGUCCUUACCUGCGUAAGCCAGCUUGACCGGCUUCAACUUCUCACUGAUGGCGUCGAUGAAGGCUCAUUGCCGGAUGUUUCACGCGCUCGCAUUGUCCCGCAGGCGCUCUCGGAAAACUCACGCAGAUCGAUGCAGAGUUCGCGGCGUCCUCCUCGUCCUCGAUCGGUCAAUGGACCCACGGCUUUCCGCUCGGAGGUUGCAAUGGAAAGUAGAUCGGCAGAGAUGAUACGCGGAGUGGAUCGCAUCUUCACUAACACUGCAAAUCUCACUCACGAGGCCAUCAUUGAUUUUGUCCGAGCUCUAAGCGAAGUGAGUUGGCAAGAGAUUCAGUCGUCCGGGCAGACAGAAUCCCCUCGCACGUAUAGUCUGCAGAAGCUUGUUGAGAUCAGCUAUUACAACAUGACGAGAGUCAGGAUAGAGUGGUCUAAGAUCUGGGAAGUUCUUGGACAGCACUUCAACCAGGUUGGUUGCCAUACCAAUACAACAGUGGUGUUCUUCGCAUUGGAUUCCCUGCGCCAACUUUCGAUGCGUUUUAUGGAGAUCGAAGAACUUCCGGGAUUCAAAUUCCAGAAGGAUUUCCUCAAACCAUUUGAGCAUGUGAUGGCAAAUAGCAAUGCUGUGACCGUGAAGGACAUGAUUCUUCGAUGCUUGAUACAAAUGAUCCAGGCCCGGGGAGACAACAUCCGAUCGGGCUGGAAAACAAUGUUCGGCGUUUUUACAGUUGCGGCUCGUGAGCCAUAUGAGGGUAUUGUGAAUAUGGCGUUCGAGCAUGUCACUCAGAUCUAUAAUACGCGGUUCGGCGUCGUCAUUACGCAAGGAGCUUUCCCUGACCUGAUUGUCUGUCUGACCGAAUUCUCGAAGAAUUCUCGGUUCCAAAAGAAGUCUUUGCAAGCAAUUGAGACUUUGAAGUCAACGGUCACAAAGAUGCUUAGGACUCCAGAGUGCCCACUAUCCCAUCGUGGAGCAGUAUCAGAAGGCAUUCAAGAUGAGUCGACAAAUCUUGCUAAACAGCUGUCGCGUCAAUCUCAGGAGGAACAGUUCUGGUAUCCUAUUUUGAUUGCCUUCCAAGACGUGCUGAUGACUGGCGAUGAUCUCGAGGUUCGAUCAAGGGCUUUGACUUAUCUUUUUGACACGCUUAUCCGUUAUGGAGGCGAUUUCCCCCAAGAGUUCUGGGAUGUGCUAUGGAGACAGCUCCUCUAUCCUAUCUUUGUCGUGCUACAUUCCAAAUCCGAGAUGUCGAAGGUGCCAAAUCAUGAGGAACUCUCCGUGUGGCUCUCAACGACGAUGAUCCAAGCAUUGAGAAACAUGAUCACCCUCUUCACGCAUUAUUUCGAUGCGUUGGAAUACAUGCUGGGUCGUAUACUUGAGCUUCUUACUCUUUGUAUAUGUCAAGAAAAUGAUACAAUUGCACGUAUCGGCAGCAAUUGCUUGCAGCAAUUGAUCUUGCAGAACGUCGGGAAGUUCAAGCAGGAGCACUGGACCAAGGUUGUUGGCGCGUUUGUGGAGCUGUUCAGUAGGACCACAGCCUACGAAUUAUUCACAGCUGCUGCCUCGAUAUCCUCGAAACCAAACAAAACGGCCAACGGGGAUAUUUCCGGUAAUGAAGACGGCUCUCAGAGCUCAGAGUCUGCCGAAAAGGUGCCGGAUCAGGAUGCCCACUCAGAUGCACCUAAGACGAAUGGAUCGCAAACCAUGACGCAUGAACAUGAAGAUGGAGAUAUGCCUGCCGCGUCGAAUCCGGAGUUGGAGGAUUACAGACCCCAGGCUGACGCCCAACAACAACCCGCUGCCAUCACCGUAGCACGGCGUCGAUUCUUCAAUCGCAUCAUAACCAAUUGCGUGCUUCAACUCCUCAUGAUUGAGACCGUGCAUGAGCUUUUCUCGAAUGACAAGGUUUAUGCCGAGAUUCCAAGUCGCGAGCUUCUCCGAUUGAUGGGACUGCUUAAGAAGAGUUAUCAAUUCGCUAAGAAGUUCAACGAAGACAAGGAGCUUCGGAUGCAGCUCUGGCGUCAGGGCUUCAUGAAACAGCCACCAAAUCUCCUCAAACAGGAGAGUGGAAGCGCCGCUACAUACGUCCACAUCCUUUUCCGCAUGUACCAUGACGAAAGAGAAGAGAGAAAGAGCAGUCGCGGGGAGACGGAGGCCGCGCUAAUUCCUCUCUGCGCCGAUAUCAUUCGAAGCUUCGUCCGACUCGAUGAGGAAUCUCAGCAUAGAAAUAUACUGGCCUGGCGCCCCGUUGUUGUGGAUGUCAUCGAGGGCUACACCAACUUCCCAUCCGAAGGCUUUGAUAAAAAUGUUGAGAUCUUUUACCCACUUGCUGUGGAUCUGCUGGGCCGCGAUCUCAAUCCCGAGAUCCGCCUCUCCCUUCAAUCUCUGCUUCGAAGGAUUGGAGAAGCGAAAUUGGGUAUUCCUGCUGCGCAGACACCCAUCAGCCCCAGAAGCUCUAUCUCACAGCAAUAUGCCCGCAGACACAGUCGGGAUAGUUGA